AUGCCCCUUGCAGGGACUCCUGCUCCUGUUAAAAGAAAAAAGCCCACUAAACUCAUUGUGAAGCUGACAGAUGAAGUCAUGCCACAAGAGGUGUCCAAGCUGAACCUGGGGAAGAAGAUCAGCAUCCCCAGAGAUGUGAUGCUAGAAGAGCUUUCCCUCCUCACUAACAAAGGAUCCAAGAUGUUCAAAUUACGUCAACUGAGGGUGGAGAAGUUCAUUUAUGAGAAUAACCCUGAUGCCUUCACUGACAGUUCUGUGGAUCACUUUCAGAAGUUCAUUCCACCAGGAGGGCAUUAUGGGGAAGAUGCUCAUGGCUAUGUCCAUGGGCGGAUGGUAGGAGGAGUGACUGCUGGGCAGCAUGGCUCCAGUAAGCAGCAGUAUCCUGCUGGUUCUCCUAGGCCUGGAAGCAAAGGAGGCUCUGGGGACUGCGAAGGGGAGUGUGUUGGGGGAUCGGCUGGAAGUGGUGGAAAAGGAGGUGAUGGUACUGAAAAAGAUGGAAAGUCAGGAGGCAAGAAAGUCACUAUAUUUAAAACUUACAUCUCCCCGUGGGAACGAGCAAUGGGUAUCAGCCCUGAGGACAAAAGUCACUUCACCAUUGACUUACUGUCAUAUAGUCCCAAAGGUGAUUUCCCCCAUUACAAGUCAUUUAACCGGACUGCAAUGCCUUACGGGGGUUAUGAGAAAGCAGCCAAACGGAUGACCUUCAAAGUGCCUCAAUUUGAUAUUUGCCCUUUGAUUCCAGAAUCUCUCAUGAUAUAUAAUCAAAAUUUCAGUAAAAGACCCUCCUUCAACAGAACUCCAAUACCUUGGAUGUCUUCAGGAGACUCCUCUGAGUACCAUAUUGAUGUCAAUGUUCCAAGAAGUGGUGAAACAGAAGAGCUGUAAAUUCCUAUCUCCAAAGCCUUCCUUUUUUUUCUCAGCCCCUUUUAUUUGCAAGUUGAUAGUAAGGACCUGAA